AUGCUAAUACAACGAGACUUGGACAUAUCAAUGGUCCUGUCAACGUUUUUCUUGAGGAAUAUCGGUAUAUGGGAUAUUCUUUACGUCACUACCAACAUAUUAACCGUGACAAUGGGUUUAAUCAAGAUAUGUAUCAUAAUGAAGCAUAAAAAGGAAUUUAUAAAACUGAUCGUGUACGUUCAACAACGUUUUUGGAAUGUUAAGUACGAUUUUCGCGAGAAAGAAAUUUUGAAUGAUUGCAAGAAAACUUGCACCUUCUUCGUCUGUUCUGUCACCAUCAUGGGUACAUUUGCUAUACUAGCUUAUCUAACAACACCGCUUAUCGGAAAUAUUGGGAAAAAUAAAUCCGAAAGAGCAUUUCCUUUCAACAUGUGGCUGAAUUUGCCAGUAUCUAUGUCGCCUUACUACGAAGUGAUAUUUACUCUACAGGUAUUUUAG